GCGGCGUUCAGGUCAGUAUUUGGCAUGAGGUUCUGCAUUUUGCUCUUCUUUUCUGCGUUUGCGCACGCAAACAAUGCCUAUAUACAACGAGGUCUUGAGGAUCCCUAUGCGGAGACACCUAAAUGUGAGCAAAUACGCAUCAAGGCAUGCCAGGAUUUGCCCUAUAACAUUACCAUAUUUCCCAACGAUAUGGGCCAGUCAACGCAGGAAGAGGCCGGUCAAGAGAUCGGACAGUAUGCUUCGCUGAUCAGAAUACGGUGCAGCCCUUCAUUGAAGUUGUUCUUGUGUUCUUUGUACUUCCCUGUGUGCACGGGAAUGAAGAAGCCUCUACCGCCAUGCCGUUCUCUGUGCGAGCAAAACAGACGGGAUUGCGAACCACUCAUGCGCGGGUUUCGGUAUGAUGUGAGUUAUCCAUUUUUGUAGUGAACCUUGGUUAAAGUGGCCGCCAGUUAUGGAUUGUGCACGCUUUCCAGAAGAUUCGCUAUGUAUAUCCGAAAAUAAAACCGAACAAACGCCGAAAGAACCUUCCUUCACGUGUCCAGCACACAUGCGGGUAAACGAACUACCAAUCAUUUCAUGUCUUCAGGUUCCUCCCAGUUUUGACUUCCGAAUACGGAUGGAAGGUGGACAAGUCAUACCUGACUGCGGGAUUCCAUGCAAUGAGUUUCUGUUCAGUGACUCUUCCUCGCGCCGUUUCUCGAGACUUUGGAUUGGUCUCUGGAGCUGCUUGUGUGCUGCCUCCACUCUGUUCACAGUACUAACUUUUCUCAUUGACAUGCCGCGCUUUCAAUACCCGGAGCGCCCAAUAAUCUUCCUGUCAGCAUGUUACCUUGUGGUUGCGUUGACGUACGUCGCCGGUUUCAUACUAAAUGACAAGAUGGCCAGCGCAAUUUGGUGGGUUGUGCUCACCAUCACGUGGUACUUGGCUGCUCGAUGCCACUGGGCACAUGAGGCGAUCUCUCGUAAUGCACAAUAUCUACAUUUCGCCGCCUGGGCUGUUCCGGCCGCCAAGACAAUCGGUAUCCUGGCAUUGGGCAAAGUCGAUGGUGAUCCAUUAUCCGGGGUUUGUUUCACCGGCCUCACGGACCCGGUUAUCCUGCGUAUAUUCCUCAUCGCUCCGUUGUGCUUGUACCUCGUUAUUGGGACGGGAUUCCUGUUUGCCGGGUUUGUGUCCCUAUUCAAAAUUCGCACCAUCAUCAAGACGGGUGGCUCGAAAACGGACGAUUUGGAGAAGUUGAUCAUGCGUAUCGGAGUUUUCAGUUUGUUGUACAUCAUCCCGGCGAUUGUUGUGAUCGCCUGUUACUUUCAUGAAUCCCGAAUGUCGGAGAAAUGGAUGCUUACAUGGUACACGACGGAAGUUUGUCGCAUGGUCGAUCCGUAUCAGUUGACUGACUCAGUUUGCCCAACACAUUUGAGGCGGUUGGUCGAAACCAACGGUGCUGCUCGUCUACGGCAAGUGACCGCGGGACAAGGUUCGGCCAACAGUGGGGAGGCGAUUCUGGCCAAAUGGUCCGCAAUGGACAAACCGGAAUUCGAGCUGUUCAUGAUCAAAUAUCUGAUGACUUUGAUCGUGGGAAUCACCAGUGGAAUAUGGAUUUGGAGUGGAAAAACACUUUUAUCCUGGCAACGGUUUUUUUCUCGUCUUUGCAGACGUCGCGGUUGUUGUGGUUCUCAUGAUCCAACUGUCACUGGUCUCGCUGGUGAUCAUCGACAUCGGCUUGUCGGUCCAAACACGCUCGGAGUGCACGUUGCCCCUAGCCCUGGCUCGGUCCCCUUGUUACCCAGAGUCCCACCGUCUAAUCAUCCUGGCCAACCGUUUGUUUUCAAUCAAGACACCACAACUACCAGCUGUUGGGCCUCACGUGGUGCCCCAUCUGGCGUCACGGCGACAGCUCCACCUGACGGCUCUGCUGCUCCGGUUACAAGUUAUGGGGCAGGUUGGAUACCUGGGACAAAACCAGUCUCAUCGGUCAGUGCCCAACAGUCGGGUUUCGUGAACUCUAUGGGUGGUACGAAUGCAGUACCUACCGCACCACCGUCUUCGGGACUCGGUCUGGUCUAAACACAAAUGUCAAACGCAAGCUUACCACAGUAUAAACUCUACCGGAUCGGACUACUAACCUUCUGCUGUCCAAUUUUUUUUUACAAAUGUGCGCCGUUCCAUGUACAUAGUCCUCCUUCCUACCUACCUACCCGUCGGUCCCGGUUAUUUUAACCCAAUUUCAACCCGAUUUUCACUUUGUUGAUCUCCUCAGUCGCAAAUUGUCAUUUCAUAUCGCGCUAGGCUGCCCGCGUAUCGUCACAUUCAUAACCCGGAUUUUUGUUUUCCUGCUCUACCGAGUUGGUAUUGUGUAAUAUGCUUA